AUGCCCAGAAGAGUGAAUGUCAAUCCAAUGGCUGGUAAAGAAAGAAGAGUAAGAGUGAUAAAAGGAAGAAAAGUGAUAAAAGAAGCCAAGCACGACGACUCUCCUUUGAGAUCAAUUUUUUGCCUUAAAAAUUGGGCGAAAGUUAAGGAAGUCGAGGAAAAAGAAGACUGUUUUAUCCUAGAAUUUGAUCCCUAUGAUUCUUUAGAUUACGACUUCAAACUUUCUAUUUCCGAGCAUGUUGAAGAUACUGACACCACUGACUUGUACGUCAUUGGUGAAAAGGGAAAGGUGGCUUGUAGAGAUUAUCCGCAUUCAAGGUACACUUGCGCCAAGUAUCCUUUUGACAAGACUGAUCACGAGACUCACUGUGAACUCGUAAUUGCUAUUGCUAUGUUUGUGACAUUGUUGCUCCUUGUGACAAGUGGGUUGGAGCUUCAGGGCAUUGCCAUGCUUUCAAAAGCUACGCUUGGAAUAAAGAGAGACACUUACUAG